UGCCGAUAACUUGUUACCUGUCUAUCGCUAUUUUGACUGCUCUAAAAGCCUGAAGGAUUCCGUUUGAUAAAAUCUUCGGAAGCCCCAUAAAUCCAGGAGAAUCUAAAACUGACCACGUCUGCACAUUCCAACAUGAGCAAAGUAACCUUCAAAAUCACACUAACUUCGGACCCCAAGCUGCCCUUUAAGGUGCUCAGCGUUCCGGAGGGAACUCCCUUUACAGCCGUGCUGAAAUUCGCCUCGGAGGAGUUCAAGGUGCCGGCAGAGACGAGUGCCAUCAUCACGGACGACGGCAUCGGCAUCAGUCCCCAGCAAACGGCCGGAAAUGUAUUCCUCAAGCACGGAUCAGAACUGCGUCUCAUACCCAGAGAUCGGGUGGGCCACUAAGCUAAUAAUAGUUUCCUUUCCCUACGUAUUUUCCCUUGAGAUUUCCCCCCUUUUUCAACGCUAAUUAAAAUGUUAAACGAUGUAAA